AUGCCUCGUCCUGGGAAGAACUCUUACAGCGACCAGAAGCCCCCAUAUUCCUACAUAUCACUGACAGCGAUGGCUAUCCAGAACUCAUCCGAAAAGAUGCUGCCACUGAGUGACAUUUAUAAGUUCAUCAUGGACCGGUUUCCAUAUUAUAGAGAGAAUACACAACGGUGGCAGAAUUCCCUGAGACAUAACCUCUCCUUUAACGACUGCUUCAUCAAGAUCCCUCGGCGGCCUGAUCAGCCCGGGAAAGGCAGCUUCUGGGCGCUGCACCCGGACUGCGGUGACAUGUUUGAGAACGGCAGCUUCCUGAGGAGAAGAAAGCGAUUCAAGGUGCUGCGCGCUGAGCAUAUGGCCUGCAAGAGCUCCCCGAUGAUGCAUUACUUUCACCAUCACCACCACCCUGGCAGCAAGCUGGGCACAGCAUCCGGCCCCCAUGACCAUGCAGCCGGCCCGGCAAGCACAAUGAGUCGGCUCCCUCACUUUCAGGGUUACGGGGGCAUUACUUGCGCACAGUCUGGGGGGUUUAAACACCCAUUCGCGAUCGAGAACAUUAUAGGACGGGACUACAAGGGUGUGAUGGCCAGCGGGCUCCCCCUCACCUCGGUCAUGCACCACCUGGGUUACCCGGUGCCCCCGCAGCUCAGCAGCGUGGUCAACUCCAUGUGGCCGCACGUCGGGAUGCUGUCGGAGUCCAUGGGUAGUGUGCACGUACCCCCAUCAUCUGAGUACGCGCCCUUCAGCGUGUCAGCAAAGGGCCUGUACCACACUACCAAUGGGCAAACCCUGCCCGCCGUUCCUGUUCCAAUAAAACCCACCCCAUCCCUGGGUCCCGUGCCCAGUCUGACGGGGCUGCAGUCCGGACCGGCCCAGCUUUGCUCACCGGUCUCAGUGAUGGAGAAAAGCGAUCUGCUGGAAGGGAAAGGCAACCCUCUACACCCGGCUCUCCUGCUGUCCUAA